CUGGAUUUCCAUCAGGUAUAUAAAUAGCAGAUGCUUCUUGAAGGAAAAUCAUUGCAUUUUUAAUCCAGCAUGAUGCACCUUGCGGUUCUUCUGAGUUGUAUUGGAUUCAUCUCUGCCUCUGUCCUGCCCCUACCGGCAGUGGACAUUGAGGCACAAAAUGGGAAGGUUGUAGGUGGGUCCAAUGCUCACCCUAAUCUAUGGAAAUGGCAGAUAUCCCUGCAGAAUGAUCACUGGAACACAGGUGACUUUGCUCACAUUUGCGGAGGCACCCUUAUUAGCUCGGAUUACGUGAUGACUGCAGCCCACUGUAUCCUCGAUCUGAAUGUCAAGAAAUAUCGUGUGGUUGUGGGGGAAUAUGAUCUGAGUAAGCCUGAAGGCCGUGAGCAGGUUCGUGGUGUGACAAGGAUUAAAAUUCAUCCCGGAUGGACAGAAGACCUGGCAACUGGAAAUGAUAUUGCUUUGAUGAAGUUGGACUCACCAAUCUAUGGCAGUAGUUAUGUAGCCCUUGCAGAGCUGCCUUAUCCUGGUCAAAUUUUGUCCAAUGGCUUUACUUGCUAUAUUACCGGAUGGGGACUUUUGGCUACUGGAGGUUAUAUGCCAGACGUCCUGCAGGAGGCGCCCAUCAGUGUGGUGGAUUACACUGUGUGCUCCACUCCUGCAUGGUGGGGCAGUGCAGUUAAGAAAACCAUGAUUUGUGCUGGGGGAGAUGGUUUGACCUCUGGGUGUCAGGGUGACUCUGGUGGACCCUUGAACUGCUUGAGUGAUGGCUACUGGAGGGUUCAUGGUAUUGUUAGCUUUGGCUCUGCUUUAAACUGCAACCUGUACAGCAAACCAACAGUCUUCACUCGUGUGUCUGCCUUCACUGACUGGCUGUAUUCUGAAAUGGUGUAAAAGCACAACAUGUUUUGUGGCUGUUGAAUAAAAGACAAAGCAAUCUGUACAAACGUUAAA